AUGUCGAAUGCCCAGAACGGAACAGGCGCUGGCCCGCAGUCACAGGCCGAACUCGCCCAGGCGUUCAAGGACCUGCAGCGAGGCGAACAGACUGCCGCCGCCUUGGAGAACCACCUCGAUUCGAUCGAAAAGCAGAUCGAGGCGCUUUUGGCCCAGGCUGAGAAGGCUGAGCAGGAACUGAAAAACACUCCGGAAGAGGACGAGAAGCCUUCAAGCGAAGAAAAAGGCUCGUCAUAA